CAAGCCUUCUGCAAGAGACCUCGUUCUCCUGGAACGAACGCCUCGAUUUCUUUCCAAUAGGGGUCUGAGGUGGACUCUCCCGCCUUGCAGUCGCUAAGCGCUAAGAAAAUCGAUCUUGGCUCUAUUUGUGUCUUAUGUUUGCCACCCCCAUUUCCCCCCGGAGAGCGCUGGGUUUGUUUAUCUCUUUAUUUAUUCCUGGGGCUGAGGCGUCCAGGACGGGACUGGUGGCUGCGCAGACCCGGCACUGAUAGGCGAAGAUGGAGAGAAAUUAACCUCCCGCCGCUGCCCCCCAAGUCAAGCGUGACAGCGCGCGGGCCGGUUGCGUGACUCGUGACGUCUCCAAGUCCUAUAGGUGCAGCGGCUGGUGAGAUAGUCGCUAUCGCCUGGUUGCCUCUUUAUUUUAUUGGGGUAUGCCUGGUAAUAAACAGUAAUAUUUAAUUUGUUGGAGACCACAAACCAACUUCGAGCUGGGAGGUACAGUGCUCCGUCCUGACAGACGCUGGUCGAAGGCCUGGCCUGAAGAAGCCCCUUUUGGGGAUCCUUUGUAAAGACUUCACCCAAACCCUCCUCCCCAGCGAGGUGCACCCCUGGCUUUUACGCUGGAAAGAAGAGGUGGGAUUUUUGGAGAGCAGAAUCUAGCGCAGGCACAGGGCCCCAGGCGCACCAUGGCCGACGCAGAGGAGGGCUUUGGCCUGGCGCACACGCCUCUGGAGCCUGAUGCAAAAGACCUGCCCUGCGACUCCAAACCAGAGAGCGGGCUAGGGGCCUCCAGCAAGUCUCCGUCAUCCCCACAGGCCGCUUUCACCCAGCAGGGCAUGGAGGGAAUCAAGGUGUUUCUCCAUGAACGAGAACUGUGGCUGAAAUUCCACGAAGUGGGCACAGAGAUGAUCAUCACCAAGGCUGGAAGGCGGAUGUUUCCCAGUUACAAAGUCAAGGUGACUGGCCUUAAUCCCAAAACGAAGUACAUUCUUCUGAUGGACAUUGUUCCUGCCGACGACCACAGAUACAAGUUCGCGGACAAUAAGUGGUCUGUGACCGGCAAGGCUGAGCCCGCCAUGCCCGGCCGCCUCUAUGUGCAUCCAGACUCACCGGCCACGGGGGCUCAUUGGAUGCGGCAGCUCGUCUCCUUCCAGAAACUCAAGCUCACCAACAACCACCUGGACCCAUUUGGGCAUAUUAUUCUAAAUUCCAUGCACAAAUACCAACCCCGAUUACACAUCGUGAAAGCGGAUGAAAAUAAUGGAUUUGGCUCCAAAAAUACCGCAUUCUGCACUCACGUCUUUCCUGAGACAGCAUUCAUUGCAGUGACUUCGUACCAGAACCACAAGAUCACGCAAUUAAAGAUCGAGAAUAAUCCCUUUGCCAAAGGAUUCCGGGGCAGUGAUGACAUGGAACUGCACAGAAUGUCAAGAAUGCAAAGUAAAGAAUAUCCCGUGGUUCCCAGGAGCACAGUGAGGCAAAAAGUGGCCUCCAACCACAGCCCCUUCAGCAGUGAGUCUCAAGCUCUCUCCACCUCAUCCAACCUGGGGUCCCAGUACCAGUGUGAGAAUGGCGUCUCUGGCCCCUCCCAGGACCUUCUGCCCCCACCCAACCCAUACCCACUGCCCCAGGAGCACGGCCAAAUUUACCAUUGCACCAAGAGGAAGGAUGAAGAAUGUUCCACAACAGACCAUCCCUAUAAGAAGCCCUACAUGGAGACAUCACCCAGUGAAGACGAAUCCUUCUACCGCUCUAGCUACCCCCAGCAGCAGGGCUUGAGUGCCUCCUACAGGACAGAGUCAGCACAGCGGCAGGCUUGCAUGUAUGCCAGCUCUGCGCCCCCCAGCGAGCCGGUGCCCAGCCUAGAGGACAUCAGCUGCAACACGUGGCCCAGCAUGCCUUCCUACAGCAGCUGCACGGUCACCACUGUGCAGCCCAUGGACAGGCUACCCUACCAGCACUUCUCAGCUCACUUCACCUCGGGGCCCCUGGUGCCCCGGCUGGCUGGCAUGGCCAACCAUGGCUCCCCACAGCUUGGAGAGGGAAUGUUCCAGCACCAGACCUCCGUGGCCCACCAGCCUGUGGUCAGGCAGUGUGGGCCUCAGACUGGUCUCCAGUCUCCCGGCACCCUUCAGCCCCCUGAGUUUCUCUACUCUCACGGCGUGCCAAGGACCCUGUCUCCACACCAGUAUCACUCUGUGCACGGAGUUGGCAUGGUGCCGGAGUGGAGUGAGAAUAGCUAAAGUGAGACCCACUUCACAACAGACACUUGCUCAAGAGGGAGGAGAGAGAGAGAGAGAGAGAGAAGGAGAGAGACAGUAGCCAAGAGAACCCCACGGACAAGAUCUUUCAUUUCACCCAAUGUUCACGCAGGCACUCAAGGCCGCCAGUUGCUGAUCUAAUCAGUAGCUUGAAACUACAAUUCAAAAAAUGUGACCUUGUCGGUUUGUUCCUCAAAACCUAAAAAACAAACAAACAAAAAACUAGAAAAAGAUGAGUCCCACUCUCUGCACCAUGACACCACACUCAUUAACCAGCCACAUUCAUCACACCACCCCUGCAUGUCCUCCCCGAUUCCUUGUUUUGGGAUCUAGAAAGUUUUGCUUCAUUGAGUGUUUUUAUCCUAGUGUGUGGUUGGAGUCUUCCCCUGUCUUGGUGUUAAUGUUGACAUUGUUAUAUAAAAAAUAAUAAUAUAUUUUUUUUUCAAUUUUCUUAACGGGACCCAGUCCCUUAUUUGGGGGACAUCUGAGGCAAGUACAUUUCAAAAUAUGUACUUGUGAGAUUCCCUUCAAAUAAACCAGCCCUUAAACCUAAACUCAUCGCCCUUCCCCUUGACUAAGAAGAGUACCUACCUCUGCCAUGUGAUGUUUCUGAAAAGGCUCCCUAUGUCCCUAAUUUUUCUCCAUUUUGCCCUGCCUUACCCAGCAUCAUGGUGCUCGGUUUUGCUUCUACUUACCAACGAAGUCAGGAUAACGUCGACUCCGUCUGGCACCAUAUCUUACUCAGUCCUACCGUCUUCCCAGCUCUGUGUCUGUCGCUGAAAUGUGGCCUAUAGUUUCCUGUCCGGAAAGCUUGCUUAGGAAAACUUAAAAAGCCCUGAUUUACACAUGGGCAGGACUGUGAUAAGCAGGGCGCAAGCUCUGCUGUGCUGACAAGAGUUGUGGGGGGAAAAAAAGCCAAAAUAAAUAUUCUUCCAGAUAAAAAACAAAGCCAGCCCCAAGCCUUCAAACCUCCAUCGCCGACGACCCAAAUGGGAUGCCAAGGAAAACCCUCAAUUCUUAGAGAAGGGGCAAGACGUGCUCACCGACGAUGCCUGUCCAAAGAACUCAUGCCAACACCAAAUGCCGGCACCGAACUGUGUUUAUUGAAAGCAGAAAACAGUAUUAAAAAAAGUGUGUAAGUAAAGUGUUAUGGUAGGGUUCUUCAGAUGUAAUAUUUUACUGGUACUAUUUAUUUAUAAAUAGGAAUUCUAAUUAAGUAAUAACAUGAAAUCCAGCGUGGGAGCUGGCCAAGAGCUUUUAAUUUUAUUGAUACUCAAAACCAAGUUUGUGUGUUCUUUCCUUUCUUUCGAAUGUCCUUUGCUUUUUUGAUUAAAAAGUGUUUUUUUUUAAACAGACCCUAAUAAAGAGAACAGGGUAAGAUGUGAGACUGAGUAUGUCCAAGUACGUGAGAGAGCGUGAGCAUGUUUGUACGUGAGUGUCCUUAUGCAACUACGUCUUUUUAUGUUGCUAUGGGGGGGAGGGUGAGAAUUAAGUACCCGUGCCUUAUAUUUGUGUGCCAAUUAAUGCCUAAUAAAUACCAUGUGCUUAAAAAAGUA